AUGUGUGUCAUUCAGCUUGAGAGGAUGCAAGAGAUUCUCCUGCAAGAGAAGCAACAGCUGGAGCAGGCGCUUGCAAGGCUGCAGGAGGAGCUUCGAGUACGAGCAGGGGGCGAGAGCCUCUUCCAAGAGCAGAAGAGCGUGUUGACAAGCACCAACCACAAGCUGAAUCAACAACAGCUGGCGGAGCUGGAGGGUCUGCUGGAGAAGAGCAGAAGGCGCGAGCUUCAGCUGGAGGAGGAGAAGCGCAAGGCUGUCGAGGCUGGCGAGCAAGCUGAGCUCGAGGGAUAUAACAAUCGAAUGAUGGAGAAGAUCAAACUUCACUCGCAGGCUCCGGUGCAAGAUCGCACCAGGGACGAGAGUCUGCAGCUGCUGCAGGAGGAGCGAAGCAAGUUGAGCUCGGCGAAUAUGCGAGGGACGAUGAUAGAGGCUCAGGCUCGCGAGCUGGAGCAUAAGCUGUUGAUGGCCGAGCAGCAGCAGCAGCAGCUUAAGGAUCAGCUGGCAAGGAAGGAGGAGGAGAUCAAGGAGCUUAUCGCCGUCAGCGCUGCUUGGAUGAGCAGCGACAUGAAGGGAAACCCAGCACAACUCCAGCUGGAAGCACAGCCCCUCACCCUCUUAGCCUCUCCCUCCCCUCAUUCGCUCGAUCGAAUUUUUCGCGGAUGUCAACUCGGACUUCCUCCGGCUUGUCUUCGCGUCAUCUUCCUCCUCUCCUCCUCAGAGGUGAUCAACAGUCUUCCUGCUGCUGCUGCUGCUGCUGCUGCUGCUGCUGCUGCCUCAGUCCUCUGGCGUAGUUGA